AUGGCCGAGCUGCUGCAAGAAGCUGGGGUCUCACCGCUGGCUGUCAGCCACCCGGCAGGAAUGCGGAGCACGGCGGAGGAAGGAGACCCUCACGGUUACGGCACCGCGGGCUUCGAGAUGGUCAGGUGGGAAUGGGUCCAUGUGCAGGGACCCUACCUGGUAGUAGUGUGGAUCCUGGUCGCCAGCUUGGCUAAAAUCCUGUUCCAUCUCUCAAGCAAGGUGACGACUGUGGUGCCAGAAAGCUGUCUGCUGAUUUUUCUGGGUUUGGGCCUUGGGGGCAUUGUCCUUGCAGCAGCCAAGAAACCAGAAUACCAACUGGACCCAGAUACAUUCUUUCUCUUUCUUCUACCACCAAUUGUGUUAGACUCGGGAUACUUCAUGCCAAGCAGACUGUUCUUUGACAACUUUGGAGCAAUACUGAUGUAUGCAGUGAUUGGCACCCUCUGGAAUUCAUUUACCACAGGAACAGCACUUUGGGGCAUAAAGUUAGCAGGUCUCAUGGAUCCUAAAGUAGAAGCGGGUUUGCUUGAGUUUCUGCUUUUCGGCAGUUUGAUAUCUGCAGUUGACCCUGUGGCAGUAAUAGCUGUUUUUGAGGAAGUCCACGUUAAUGAAACACUGUUCAUCAUUGUGUUUGGAGAGUCACUGCUUAAUGAUGCCAUAACUGUUGUGCUCUAUAAAAUGUUCAAUUCUUUUACGGCCAUUGGCAUAGAAAAUAUUCAGGCUGUGGAUUACAUCAAGGGUUUAGGUUCAAUCUUUGUGGUGAGCUUGGGUGGAACUGCUGUAGGAAUUGUCUUUGCCUUUCUGCUGGCCCUCAUCAGCCGAUUUACUAAGCGGGUCCGCAUCAUUGAACCGCUUUUUGUGUUCCUGAUUGUUUACCUGGCCCAUCUCACAGCUGAAAUGAUUUCGCUCUCCUCCAUCUUGGCUGUCACGUUCUGCGGCCUGUGUUGCAAAAAGUAUGUGGAAGCUAACAUUUCACAGAAAUCACGCACAACUGUAAAAUAUACAAUGAAGACGUUAGCCAGCAGCUCAGAAACAAUUAUCUUCAUGCUGUUGGGAAUCUCUGCUGUGGACACAUCUAAAUGGACCUGGGACACGAGUUUGGUUCUCUUCACACUUCUCUUCACAUUUGUCUUCAGGGCAAUAGGUGUAAUCUUGCAGAGCUGGGUAGUAAAUCAUUUCCGACUUGUCCCACUGGACAGAAUUGACCAAGUUGUUAUGACGUACGGUGGCUUACGAGGUGCCGUGGCGUUCGCACUGGUCAUACUUCUCAAUGGUCAGAUUGUCAAGGCAAAGGACUAUUUUGUUGCAACAACAAUCACUGUUAUAUUUUUCACAGUGAUAGUUCAGGGAUUGACAAUCAAACCUCUUAUUAAGUGGCUGAAGGUAAAGCGUCGUGAUCAUCACAAGCCAACAUUGAAUGAAGAGUUACAUGAACGUGCUUUUGACCAUAUUCUGGCGGCUGUAGAAGACGUUAUAGGUCACCAUGGUUACCAUUAUUGGAGAGAUAAAUGGGAACACUUUGACAAAAAGUACCUGAGACAGAUGUUGAUGCGGAAGUCAGCCUGUAGGAUCAAGGAUGAUAUCUGGGACGUUUACCACAAGUUGAAUGUCCGCGAUGCCAUCAGCUUUGCUGACCAGGGAGGUCACAUGUCAUCAGGAAAAUUCUCAUUUGCAUCAAUGCCAAGUAGAACAUCAUUUUCUGAAACAUCUGUAACAAACCUCCUGAGGGAAAGCGGUAGUGCAGUGUGUCUAGACUUGCAAGUAAUCGACACAGUGAGGAGUGGCAGAGAUCGGGAAGACACAGUGAUGCACCAUGUCUUAAGGGAGAACCUGUACAAGCCAAGGAGAAGGUACCAGGGAAAUUACAGUCGGCACUUCAUUGCUCAAGGCGAACAAGAAAGGCAAGAAAGGGAAGUUUUCCAACGAAACAUGAGAAGUCGUCUCGAGUCAUUCAAAUCCACCAAACAUAAUGUCUACCCUUCAAAGAACAAAUGCAGACAUAAAAAGGAGCACAAAUGUCAGAAAAAGGCAAGAUUCUUUUCAGUUAGGAAUGCUGAAAGUGCAAAUGGCCAAGUACCUAAUGAUAAAUUGCGUCGAAAUGUCAGCUGGCAUGAUACAAUUCCGGUUUUUGUAGAAGUUGACUCAGAAGAUGAGGAAAAGGAUAAUCCUGCGAAGGUAAAAGAGCAGGAGGAUGACGAGGGCAUCACCUUCAUGGCACGCACAGAGGAUGAGAAUUUACAAGAAAGAAAAAUUUCAGGUAAUUCUGAAUAUCUUCAAAGCCCAAGCAUUAUCCCACUAUCUCCUACUUGUGCUGAGAAAGAGCUUCCCUGGAAAGGUGACACAAGUAACCUUUCAGCCUGUGUCUCUUUGGAAACUACCAAGAUUGUGCCAGUCGACUUGCAAUAUGCCUGGAAUCGCAGCAUGUCAUCGCUCGAGAGCCUGGUCUCACCUACCAUGUCUGAUGUAGUGUUUCAGCCAAGGACCUUGAAUUUCAUGCUGGAGGAACACACGGCUUCAGCACAGCAUUGCGUCCAUUUCCAGUUUCCUGAUGUUUGUACAGCUGGCGAAAGGAGUGCUGAUGAGGACACCGUUGAGUUUAUUCAGCAGCAGGAGCUGCAGCCACUGAUGUCUGCUGAAGGUGAUAGCAGACCAGUUCCGUCAGCUGGGUUUGUAAGUACCAGAUGGUCUGCUUCAUUCCACAGACCUUCCUAUGUCUCAGCACUGAAAUCUUUGGUUACCUCAACACAAUACACCACUAAACAAUCUGAGAAGUCUGGUAAUAAACAGACAGAACUUUAA